AUGCAAAUUUACGAUUCACAUAUUGAUCAGACAGUAAAAUAUACUGCUAAUUAUUCAGGUACUGUUUUUAAAAAAUUAUUUGGAAAAUUAGUUCCUGAUAUUUGUAUUGUUGAUUUUUAUAAUGCUCAUGCAAAAUCAUCAUCAAGUGGUUUAGAUUUAGAAUAUUUACUACUUCAUAUUGUUUCCGUUCUC